CUGAGUUUCCGGUGGCUCUCGGAAGCCAGGGCCCAUAGGUGCAGACGCCGGGUUCCGAGGCAUGGCGGGGGCGGGGCCGGGGGAGGCGGACGCUGAGCCGGUCAGGGGGUGCUUCGCCCCGGCCGUUUGAGUCCAGAUCGCACAGAGAUGUGAUAAUGGAUCAUCAUGUUUCCACCAUCAAACCUCGACGGAUCCAAAACCAAAACGUUAUUCACCGCUUGGAACGCCGGCGGAUCAGUUCAGGCAAGGCAGGCACCCACUGGCAUCAGGUUCGAGUGUUCCACCAGAAUGUCUUCCCCAACUUCACGGUUGUCAACGUUGAAAAGCCACCUUGUUUCUUGCGGAAAUUUUCUCCUGAUGGACGCUAUUUCAUUGCUUUCUCUUCAGACCAGACAUCUCUCGAAAUCUAUGAGUACCAGGGCUGCCAGGCAGCUGAGGACCUAUUGCAGGGCUAUGAGGGGGAGAUCUUGUCCAAUGGCAAUGACCAGCGGUCGGUCAACAUCCGAGGCCGGCUCUUCGAACGCUUUUUUGUCCUGCUGCACAUCACCAACGUAGCAGCCAAUGGCGAGCACCUGAAUCGUGAGUGCAGCCUCUUCACUGAUGACUGCCGGUGUGUUAUCGUGGGCUCAGCUGCCUACCUCCCGGAUGAGCCUCACCCUCCUUUUUAUGAGGUGUAUCGGAACAGUGAGUCUGUGACUCCCAACCCCAGGUCCCCUCUGGAGGACUACUCUCUCCACAUCAUUGACCUUCACACCGGCCGCUUAUGUGAUACCCGUACCUUCAAGUGUGACAAAGUGGUCCUGUCACACAACCAAGGUCUGUACUUGUACAAGAACAUCCUGGCCAUCUUGUCAGUGCAGCAGCAAACCAUCCAUGUCUUCCAGGUGACUCCUGAAGGCACUUUCAUUGAUGUGAGGACCAUCGGCCGCUUCUGCUAUGAGGAUGACCUGCUCACUGUGUCAGCUGUUUUUCCUGAGGUACAGCGGGACAGUCAGACAGGCAUGGCCAAUCCUUUCAGGGAUCCCUUCAUCAAUUCCCUGAAACACAGGCUGCUUGUGUACCUGUGGCGCCGGGCAGAACAGGAUGGUAGUGCAAUGGCCAAGAGGCGCUUCUUCCAGUAUUUUGACCAACUACGACAGCUGCGCAUGUGGAAAAUGCAGCUUCUGGAUGAAAACCAUCUGUUUAUCAAGUACACUAGUGAGGAUGUCGUGACCCUGCGAGUCACAGACCCAUCACAGGCAUCUUUUUUCGUGGUGUACAAUAUGGUGACAACAGAGGUGAUCGCUGUGUUUGAGAAUACGUCAGAUGAGCUUUUGGAGCUCUUUGAAAACUUCUGUGACCUUUUCCGUAAUGCUACCCUGCAUAGUGAAGUCCAGUUUCCCUGCUCAGCAUCCAGCAACAACUUUGCAAGGCAGAUCCAGCGCCGGUUUAAAGACACUAUUGUAAACGCCAAGUAUGGAGGGCACACGGAGGCAGUGCGCCGGCUGCUGGGUCAGCUCCCCAUCAGCGCCCAGUCUUACAGUGGUAGCCCUUACCUUGAUUUGUCUCUCUUCAGCUACGAUGACAAGUGGGUGUCAGUCAUGGAGCGGCCCAAGACUUGUGGCGAUCACCCCAUCAGGUUCUAUGCCCGGGACUCUGGUCUGCUCAAGUUUGAGAUUCAGGCAGGCUUACUGGGCCGCCCCAUCAACCACACGGUGCGACGCCUUGUUGCCUUCACCUUCCACCCUUUCGAGCCUUUUGCUAUCUCUGUGCAGAGGACUAAUGCUGAAUAUGUUGUCAACUUCCACAUGCGACACUGCUGCACGUAGGUGCCUCACCAAAGCCAGGUCAUCUGGUCUUCCGAGACCCUGCUCCCUUCUUAUCUCAGUGUACUGUCAGGCAGAAGCUCGGACUAUGUACCUCAAGGGGGAGUGGACAGGGAGGGAGUGGGGCUCAGCCUGAUGGAGUUUUUUAAUCAUCCACAAUACAACUGCUGAUUGACUUAAAGUCCUUACCUUUUCCCUGUGGGAAUGCCACCGUUAACUAAGUCCACACUUUUUGUUUUAUUUUGCAUUUUAUUUCUAUGAAGAUGAGAGCAUUACACCUCUGUCCCUUUCAUGUGACUUCUUUGGCAUUAUGGUAUGCAGCCGGAAGCAGGUAAAUCUUGUUUACUCACGAGAAUUGUGUACAUCUUUCUACAUAGCCAACAGCAGGGCUGUCUUUAUAAGAAAAAAAUAAAUAAAGCCUGGUAUUUUCUUACUUAAAUA